AUGCAUACAGGCAACGUACAAGGCUUUACCCACACAAAGACUGCGAUGCAGCAUUGGUCGAUCCCGCUCUCUCAUGGCGAUUUAUCACAUAGGCAAGAGGGCACGCUCGCCGCGACCAGUGCUCAGAAGCAGGCCUGGAAGGACGGUAUUACGUCGCUCUCGUCAUCCAUACCACAGAUACAGGAAAUAAUCAGUGGAACCAAGCUCCCACACGUCAGAGAUCAAGGUUGGGAUGACGGGGUCAUUAUGAAGUUUAAGAACAAGGAGGAUCUGCAAGCAUACGUAAUUGCUGCUCCUCACAAAGCAUACCAAGAAGCAACCGCUGAACAAACAGCAGACAAGUUGAUUUUCGACAUUAAGGCAUGA